GGCCUGACAGAAUAGACAGCUUACGGAAAAGGCCAAGAUGCCCAAGGCAAAGCAAGGGAAGCGCAAUAAUGCGGCACAGGCGAGCAGCCCCUAUGCGCAGGCCGUCGCCAAAACGAAGGCCGCCCACAACAUCUUCCGCAUGAACACAGAUAUAGGCCAGCACGUCUUGAAGAAUCCGGGAGUGGCUCAGGCUAUCGUGGACAAGGCGGAUCUAAAGCAAAGUGACACGGUGCUAGAAGUUGGACCUGGUUCCGGAAACUUGACUGUCAAGAUUCUGGAGAAAGCCAAAAAAGUGAUAGCCGUGGAGCUGGAUCCAAGAAUGGCAGCAGAGCUUACAAAGCGUGUGCAAGGAAAGCCGGAGCAAAAGAGGCUGGAAGUCCUGCUUGGAGACGUGAUGAAGACAGAGGUCCCUUACUUCGAUGUCUGCAUAAGCAACACUCCAUACCAGAUUUCGUCUCCAUUGACUUUCAAGCUGUUGGCUACGACCCCGGCACCCAGAGUAUGCAUCCUUAUGUUCCAGCGUGAGUUUGCAAUGAGGCUUUUUGCAAAGCCAGGGGACAAACUGUACAGCCGUUUAUCUGUGAACGCCCAAAUGUGGGCCAAAAUAGACCAUAUCAUGAAAGUGGGUAAAAACAACUUUAAGCCGCCUCCUGCUGUCGAAUCUAGUGUGGUUCGCAUUGUCCCCAAAGUCCCACGGCCGGAUAUUAGCUACGAAGAAUGGGAUGGUCUUCUCAGAAUUGCCUUUGUCCGGAAGAACAAGACGCUGAGGUCUAGUUUUCUGGGAACUACUAGCGUUGUGAGUAUGUUAGAAGCUAACUACUGCACAUGGUGUGCCCAAAAUAAUAUCCCAAUUGAUUCGGACCUCCAGGACGGCGAUCAGCAAAUGAUUAGUGAGGAAGAUGAUCAAGUCGAGGAGGAAGUUGAUGAAGUGAUGGAGGUUGACGACGAGGAUGACGUUCCUGACUUCUUCAAAACCGAGAAGGACCAGACCACCGCACCCAACCAUGGUCCUACGAAACGUGGGAAGGUGACAAACCUCGUCCGAGAAAAGAUCAGACAGGUUCUUGAAGACGACACCAAGCUCGCGGACAAACGUGCCCGGAUGUGUGACGAAGGGGAAUUCCUGAAGCUUCUUUGGGCAUUCAAUCAAAAGGGCAUCCACUUCAGCUAG